AUGGACAACGUCGUGCUCCGGGGCACCAAGUUGGUCAACACCGAGUGGGUGGUCUGCGUCGUCGUGUACACCGGGCGCGACACGAAGCUGCUCUUGAGCACGAAAGCGGCGCCGUCGAAAUUCUCCCGCGUCGACGCAAUCGCGAACCGGUGCAUCCUCCUCCUCUUCGUGCUGCUUGCGCUCGCCGUGACGCUGAGCGCGGCCGGGACCGUCUACUACGAGGCCGCGCUGCACCAGCACACGUACCUUCAGAGUCCGUCGCCAACUUCGUUUGUGACCGCCUGGGUCACGCACCUCAUCUUGUACAACAAUUUGGUUCCGAUUUCGCUCUACAUUAGCUUGGAAGUGGUCAAGUGGCACCAAGCCCGGCGUAUGGAGCGGGAUCCGAACUUGACGGUCGAUGGCGUGCCGACGCGCGUGCGGACGACCAACCUCAACGAAGACGUCGGGCAAGUGAGCUACGUCUUUAGCGACAAGACGGGCACGCUCACCAAGAACGAGAUGGCCUUUCGCAUCUGCAGUAUCCACGGUGCCAUCUAUGACGACGCAUCGACGCCGGUGCGUCGCCGCCAGAAACCGAGCUCGAUCGCCGCCAACUGGAUCCACCAGUCGCACGACGACCUACUGCAGCGAGGCAGCGCGCUCGAGCCCGUCAAAGACUUCUUCCGGUGCCUCCUCCUCUGCCACACGGCGACGGCGGCGCAGACUGUGAUUCGGUCCACGUCGCCCGACGAAGUCGCUCUCUUGAACGCGUGCCAUCGCUUCAACUGCGCCUUUGAAGGCCGGAGUCACAACCUGCUGCGCAUCCGCGUCUUUGGCAAGCUCGAAGAGUACACGCUCCUGAGCCUCCAUGAAUUCGACUCGGACCGCAAGUGCAUGUCGGUGGUCGUCCAGCGCAACCCGGUUCCUGACGAUCCUUCGAGAGCAUCGAGCAAGACGAUCCUCGCACCAGUCGUGGUCUAUGUCAAGGGCGCCGAUGCGAGCAUGCUGCCGGCGUCCCACGACUCGCUUCUGAGUCUGCACGUCCACUACUUUGCCUGCAUGGGUCUCCGGACGCUCGUCUUUGGGCAAAAGAUUCUGCCGCCGUCAACGUUUACCGCCUACAUGGGUAGCAAAGCCAAGGAUGCGGCUACGGCGCUGCGGCACCUCGAGGCCAACGUUGAUCUGCUCGGCGCCACCGGCAUCGAGGACCGACUACAAGACGGCGUCAAGGCCUGUGUCCGCAAGCUCGCCGACGCCGGUAUCCACCUCUGGAUGCUCACGGGCGACAAGGAUGAAACAGCGGUGGCGAUCGGCCACGCGUGCGGGCUCAUUCCCCCGAGCGCGCGACUGCUCGUGCUCGACAAGCGCACGAAGCAAGACUGCCUCGAUCAGAUCACGCACCUGCGCUACGUCCUCAAGAAGGACGGGCUCUGGGCGCCGCACAAGCCGAACGCGCAGCUGUCGCUUGUCCUCAACGGCGUGGCGCUUGAGUGCCUGCUCGCGGCGCCGCCCGUCUCGAAGCGCAGCAGCAUCGUGCCCAGCGUCCAGUUCGAGUGCGCGACGGUCACCCUCGCUUCUGUCAUCGCCUGUCGCUUGUCGCCGUCGCAGAAGGCCGAGAUUGUGGCGAUGGUCAAAGCCAGCCCCAAGGCGCCC